AUGGGCAAUGAACAAUCCGCCGAAACCCCUCGCGGGCAUCGGAAACUAUCCAAGCCACCUCACUGCAACCAGACAACAGAAGCUGGUCUGCCAUACGCUGUUACUGCCGUGACACCCCAUUGUGAGCACUUCUCCAACUCGUAUCUUGUUGGAUCGCUGUUGCCUACUCCCAAUAAGGCUUCAUCCACGAGGAGGGUGGCGCCUGGGCUCGGUAUAGCCAUCCCUGCCAGUGACGGUGUUAGUCCUGUGCCAACUCCUACUUGUAGAGAAUCCCGACGUGAUUCAAUGCGACGAAGAUCCUCGGUCCAGUCAGAGCAAUCUCCUAGGUUGCCAAACUUCGUCAACAGCUCCAGGGUGAGCUCUAUGGCCCAGGAUAGUGGCUAUCGCACACUCGCCCGCGCUGAUAGCAUGCCCGUUGCAGUACCGCGUGGCUCUAGUGGCUACAAUACGAGAGCUGCCGAGCCCAAAUCGCUUCUUGGUGUCAAAGAGAAGCUCCCUAGCGAGCCUAUCAUCUCCAAAUUUAAGAUCCAUUCUGACGAGGCCGGCCAGGAUGUAACAGAUGACAAUAACAACGCCUAUCAUUCUGCAGGCUCGUCCAUCAGCAGAACAAACUCAGACGUUUCUCUCUACAUGCCAAUGCGCCGCCGCUCCGUCGUUCAAACCCCAGGCGUAGCAACCAGAGCCCACCAUUCCAAUCCUCCGGUCUCAGCCAAGUCGAGCUUCCGCAAGAGUCUCCCACCAACCCCAAGUCAAUCUCGGCGCAAUUCAAUCGAGUCUGGCAUGGCAAGACGUAUGUCGAUGCCUACCACAAUCCCAUCCCAGACGCACUCUUCAGGCCGAGCCGUUACGCCAGUCGAAGCCGACUACAAGCAGCUAGGUGGGAUGAAAUUUGGAUCUCUGCGUAUUACCAAUGGAGCACCGGUGACCUCCCCAGUUCCGGAUAAUGACGUCAAACAACAAAGGGCAUCUGAGUCGGCACUAGCAAUCCCUUGUGCGGAUUACUUUGAUGAGCAAGCCAUCAAUCCUGCCAAUUUGGUGAAGGAAGGAUUGAACACGGCAGAGACAAGGUCAAUGACAACUGGAAAAGUCAUCACUCAAGUUCCAAGCUCUGUUGCCGAGCAUUCGAGCAACACAGACAAAUCUAGAACAGGUCAUGGCCAAAUGUCUGAGAACGGGAAUGCUGUCUCAUUUCCCGUUGCUGAGGUUCUUCAUCUAAGGGAAGACACAAAUUCAAAGCCAGACCCAAAGAAAAUGCACUUGGACCUCGAAAAUAAAAAGCUUAAAGGGUUGACAAGGUCUGACAGUGGCUUCAUCCCGAGUCCCUCAUCUGAGAAAACGCAGAGGACCGCGGACCGCAAUGACAGUGGCUACAGUUCCAAUGUCUCUCUCCGAUCAUUACCUAGCUUGAGAUCCGGCGUCACGGAAAAGAGCACUAUGGCUACGGAAAGGCUUGAUAUGGACGUCUCGGAGAUGAGCUCGCCGUCGGAUUCAAACUCGACGCGCACUUCUUCUUUGGUCCCUUCGCAGACGCGUAACCGGUUACCCAUCCACCUCGAGGUUCCUCUGCCAUUAACAGAUGAUGACGCUUCAACUUACCUAACAAGUCCGUCAAGCCCGACUAGCAGGCCAUUCUCUCCAUUUGCUAUCGGCAGCCGGAUGCGCCUCUCGUCACUGAAGUCGACCCGGAGUUUCGAACCACGAGUAUCGAGCACCGUGACAGCACCAAUCAUCCUGUCAAAGGGCGAUAACGAUCAACUGCCUGCUAUAACCCCCGAUAUCACCCGGGGAGGUAGUAAGAUCUCACGCUUCCUCAACGGUUCCCGUAAGAAGGGGUCGUCAAAGAAGGUGGAGGACGUCUCUGUGGUUGAACAGAGUGUUCCGAAUAAUACCCUGGGUCUUAAGUCCAGAUCGCGGCCUAGAUCUAGACGAUCAACGCUUCGAAAUGAGCCGAGCAAAGAUACUCUACACACUAUCUUGAGUGUGGAGAGCCAGACGGUUAAUAUUACACCAGAACAUGAAGAAGAGGAUACAACCAAGAGUGUCGAAAAACUCGCAGUCAAGAAGCCGUCACGGCGGCAAUCUUGGCGCCGGUCCAUCGCUCAGAUGUUUGGUUCCCGAAGUGCAGAUGUCAGCCCUACAAUAAGCUCCUUGCCUGACUCAACCCCGAGACGUCCUUCAACCGCCAUGGAGUUAUCGUCUCAAAAUUCUGAGCCUGUCUCUGGAACUCGAGCUGCAAGCUCGCGAUCCUCUCGCCCGGCGCCCAGGAAAACUGCCAGUAGCUCUGGCAGCUUGGCCUCGCCGACUCGAAAGACCAAUACCAUGCCUGGCAUGCAAGAGCGACGAGAUAAGCCCGAGUUGGCUCAUCUUCGUACCAAUAGCUCAGCACCAAACCUGUCAGCGAGUCGUCGAAUGUCGCUUAACACACCUCAGACUGAGACUCAACAAGGCUCACGAACAAGAGCCUCACCACCUGUUAGUAUGCAAAACAGAAAUGCCAAAUCUUCUCGAGGUAAGCGGCAAGGGCACAGCCGUUCCAUGACCCCUUCUUUCCCCAUCAACUCUCGACCUACCGGCAGGCGACUUUCCCUCCCCCAAGACUAUGGCCGAACGACAUCCCAGAGUCGCCAUGUCUCGCACAACCGUACAGAGUCACGCAACUCGAACCGAGGCAUGGCUAUGAGCCCCGGGAGCAACACGGGUCCCCAAUCGGAAAUUCCUGUUCAGCAACCCAGAGUCUUGUCAUACUCGAGCAACGGUACACAACAAACCGGGCCGGCUAUCUCGCAGUCGAGCCAUAAUCGUCGGGUAUCGGCACCAGCACAGCUGCGUCCGGGGCCCGGUAUGCCAUGCUCGAGAAGCAGCACUACAUUGAUGCAGAUGCAGCAACAAAUGGAGAUGCAGCAGAAACAGCAACAACAGCAGCAACAUAUCCGUUCCCAAUCAUCUCUUCAGGCUUGGGCGCCAAUGGAUAUGUACACUCUCAACCAGCAAUUGCAGCAGAACUAUAUGAUGCAGAACCAGGCGCUGGUAUAUGGAGCGUCAAACAUGGUUCAGCAGUACCCGAACAUCUAUGUCACUGGCCCCGUCCCCAAUCAGCCGACUCACGGCAGGCAAAGCUCACAGGGUGGUGGAAUGUAUGCCCAAGACCCUCCAUUCCGGGUCCUGCACAGCUAUAACUCGCCAGCGUAUCGACACGCUCCUAUCUGGAGCCAAUAG